AAAACACGCACAAAGCCGGCGCCAAUUUCAAUCGAGAUAAGAUUACUUCAUUUCUACUUCUCUGUUUUUUUCUCUCUAAUCUCUCCCAUCUUGUGGUUCUCAAACUCCCUCCCCCCUUUCCCUUACAGAGGAGAGAAAGCUGAUUGACGGAAGUCUGGAUACCUGUGAUAAACCCUAAUAAACCACAAUGACUAUUACUCUACAAGCUUUUCUUCUCUGCGGGCCUUCACUCUCUCUCACUUGCUAUUCUCCUUCUAAGCAACGCAUUCACUGCUCUCGCCACCAUUUCUACUCUUCUCUUUCUCUGUCUAGUAAUAUUUCCUUGUUUACCUUUCAAAAUUCAAGAUUUCGUCUCUUCCCUCUGUCAAUCUCUUGUACAUUGCACCCGGAGAAUGCCAAUUUGAGUCCUGAAUUAACUUCCUCUGGAUUCAACUCAAAUUCCUAUUCUAAACCUAAAGUCAACGAGUUUGGCAGUGGAGAUGGUAGCGUUGAUUCUGGCCUUGGAGGAUCGAGAAUUGAUGAAAGUGUCGACGAGAGUUUGGGAAAUGAGACUGGGAAAAUGCAUAAUGAGAAUGCGGUGGAGAGUGAUACGAGCAACGGUAAUUUGGUGCAAAAACAAGGGGUGAAUAGCAAAAUACCAUUUUUGGCCUUCCUUUUGGGUCUGUGGGCGACGGCAAGGAGACGAUUGGAGGAGCUUUUGGCAUCUGAUUGGCUUAGUUGGUGGCCUUUCUGGCAACAAGAGAAGCGUUUGGAUCGCCUUAUUGCUGAGGCUGAUGCCAAUCCCAAGGACGCCGACAAGCAGGGCGCUCUCUUGGCCGAGCUCAAUAAGCACAGCCCUGAGUCUGUAAUUAAGAGGUUUGAACAAAGAGAACAUGCCGUCAACAGUAAAGGAGUCGCAGAAUAUCUUCGAGCGCUUGUGGUUACUAAUGCUAUUACUGAUUAUCUUCCAGAUGAACAAUCUGGAAAGCCAUCCAGUCUUCCUGCCUUGUUACAAGAACUACACCAGCGCGCAACAGCAAACAUGGAUGAGCCAUUUUUGAAUCCUGGCAUAUCUGAGAAGCAACCAUUGCAUGUGGUGAUGGUUGACCCUAAAGUGUCAAACAAGUCACGAUUUGCUCAAGAGCUUAUCUCAACUAUCUUGUUCACUGUUGCAGUUGGAUUGGUUUGGUUGAUGGGUGCGGCUGCACUUCAAAAGUAUAUUGGAGGCCUUGGGGGAAUAGGAACUUCAGGAGUUGGCUCAAGCUCUUCUUAUGCACCCAAGGAGUUGAAUAAAGAAGUUACGCCAGAGAAAAAUGUUAAAACAUUUAAGGAUGUCAAAGGUUGUGAUGAUGCAAAACAGGAGCUUGAGGAAGUAGUGGAGUACUUAAAAAACCCAUCAAAAUUUACUCGCCUUGGGGGAAAGCUGCCAAAGGGAAUCCUUUUGACAGGAGCACCUGGUACAGGAAAAACAUUGCUUGCCAAGGCUAUUGCUGGAGAAGCUGGGGUACCCUUUUUCUAUAGGGCAGGAUCUGAAUUUGAGGAAAUGUUUGUUGGUGUUGGUGCUCGGCGUGUGAGAUCCUUAUUUCAAGCAGCUAAAAAAAAGGCUCCAUGCAUCAUUUUUAUUGAUGAAAUUGAUGCUGUUGGGUCUACACGAAAACAAUGGGAAGGCCAUACAAAGAAAACUUUGCACCAACUAUUAGUUGAAAUGGAUGGUUUUGAACAAAAUGAGGGAAUAAUAUUGAUGGCUGCAACAAACUUGCCUGAUAUUCUUGAUCCAGCUUUGACCAGGCCUGGUAGAUUUGACAGGCAUAUUGUUGUUCCAAAUCCAGAUGUACGGGGUCGUCAGGAGAUUUUGGAGCUCUAUUUACAAGAUAAACCAUUGGCAGAUGAUGUAGAUGUCAAAGCAAUUGCCCGUGGCACACCAGGCUUCAAUGGAGCAGAUCUAGCAAACCUAGUUAACAUUGCUGCCAUUAAAGCUGCUGUUGAAGGUGCAGAGAAGUUAACUGCCGCACAGUUGGAGUUUGCAAAAGAUAGGAUAAUAAUGGGCACUGAGCGGAAAACAAUGUUUAUAUCAGAAGAAUCAAAGAAGGUAACUGCAUAUCAUGAGAGUGGCCAUGCUAUCGUAGCCUUCAACACUGAUGGUGCGCAUCCAAUUCACAAGGCAACAAUAAUGCCACGUGGAUCUGCUUUAGGAAUGGUCACCCAGCUUCCUUCAAGUGAUGAGACAUCAAUUAGCAAGAAGCAGUUAUUAGCUCGUCUUGAUGUUUGUAUGGGGGGAAGAGUUGCAGAAGAGCUCAUAUUUGGUCAAGACCAUAUCACUACAGGAGCGAGUAGUGAUCUUCAUACAGCUACUGAACUUGCCCAUUAUAUGGUGUCAAAUUGUGGGAUGAGUGAUGUAAUCGGACCGGUUCAUGUCAAAGAGCGGCCAAGUUCAGAGUUGCAGUCACGUAUUGAUGCCGAAGUGGUGAAACUCCUAAGAGAAGCAUAUGAUCGUGUAAAAGCCCUGCUAAAGAAGCAAGAGAAGGCACUACAUGCAUUAGCAAAUGCACUUUUAGAGUAUGAAACACUUAGUGCAGAAGAGAUCAAGCGAAUUCUUCUUCCUUAUCGCAAUGGACGGCUGGCUGAGCAACAAGAAGAACAACAAGAAGAAGGAGAACUUGUAUUGGCUUAAUCUCGUAAUCAAGCCAACCACAGGGAGAGCGUACUGUACAGUGUAUUAAAACAGAACAGGUGAUUAUUUAUAUAAUUUCUUCCUAAUUACCCUAUCACUUUUUCAUUAAGUGUGUAAGAGAAAUUCUAUUCAUGCA